UUAUGAUCACCACGACGCAUACACGCCCAUUCCGACUUGAAUGAGUAUCAUUGAAAACCAUACAUUGCCAUGCUGGCUCUUCGUGACCAGGAAAACCUGGUGCAUACUCACCAGACUGUCGCUGCAGCUAAACCCUUGAACCAUGGCGUGAAGCAGUUGCAACCGCGAACCCCGGGAGCCCGCGCACCGAAAACGCCCUUCAAGGUGCCUUUGAACGAUGAAAAUGGCCCUUUGGCGUUUGGAAAGAAAACAGUAAAGGCUGCUGGCAGGCAAAAGGAGAACACAAAACCCGCCAAGGAUGCCUUUGUCACUCCGCUGGAACCUCGAAAUCGUGCACCUCUUGGCAUGAAAACGACCAAUGCAAAGGCGAGAGGCUUACAGACACCAGCAGCGCCGGCAGGCACUAUCAAGCCUGAGAAGACGAACAAGAGAACCUCUACCCAAAAGAUUAGGAAGUUCUCGCCACUAGUUGACCAGCCCAAGAUUGAGUUACAGGGUGAAGAGAGCCAGGAUGAAGUGCCCGAUAUUGAAUAUAUGCCCCCCAAACCGAAAGAGCUCCCUGAUAUCCCUGACGACAUUACUUAUGACACGACGUUUCCUCAGUUUCAGCCCAAGAAUUUGGCCUUGGGAUUGGAAAGUGUUUACGGAGACAAUCAAGUCGGAGAGGAUGGUCUUACCAAACGACAGCGCAAAUUCCAGGAGGACUCAAUUGCGUUCGACAAAAAGGUGGACGAAAUGAUCUUGAAGCAGCUUGAAGAGAUUGGAUUCGAGGACAAGACGGAAUUGAACCCUCCCAGCGAGCCUCAUGUGGAAGAGGUACCUAAACGACGCCUCGAGGUGCGCCGUGCUGUAUCGACUAUGACGAAGCCCAGGUAUACCAGCAAUAUCUCUACUGUCCGUGCUCGCGAUGCAGUUGCUGUACUGUCCAGGGUUGAGCCCUCGGGUGCACGAGCGAGGCCCGCGGCGAUGUCAAAGCCGAAACCCAGAGUCGCAUCAUCUCUCUUGACAUCUAGGAGGCCCCGAGUGCCGAGCAAUCUGUCCUCCAUGCGUCACACUGCGGCCACUGCCAACUCCAAAACGACCCUGGGCUAUUCAAAGGGCCGGACUGUGUCCUCCAGAUUACAUGGAAAGCCGUCAACUACUCCGGAGAGGUCGGUCCUGUCGCCUGAAACAUACAUCGAAUUGUACGGGAUGCCUCCGCUGGGUUCGGAGAUGUGGUACCGCUGCAAGGCUGCAGGCUGUUUUGAUAGCGAGGAGGAUCGACUGGCGGCCGAAGCUGAAAGAAAUCUCCCGACCUUUGGGGAAGAUGAAGAGGCGCAGAAUUUCCAGCUCACGCUUUGAGUUUGGACAACGCCAAACGUACCCUAGAGUCAUGGUUCAGGAGCAUUCUAAGGAAGUCUUUUACUUUUCUACUCGUCUUCACUUUUCAGGGAUUGGGAUGGUCGGCGUGCAUGAAUGAAUGGCAAGAUUACAGUAGGGCAAACCGACCGGGACGGAAGCGGCGUUUCUUGACCUUUGCUUUUUGCGUACUGAUGACACUACGAGGCUUCACGAUUCACAGCCGGUAUCUUGUAUGAUUUAGAUCCCUUUUCAGGGAUAGCUUUCCAACUGUAGGAGGUAGCAAUUCGAU